AUGGAACGUGAACCUCAACUAUUAUCAACAAAACAUUUUGAGUAUUGUUGCGACGAGAGUGUGGAAAAUAUUCAUGAUUAUUUUAAGAAGCAGAAGGUCUUUGCUUGGUGCCUUCAAGACUAUGUUGAAUACACGAUUGCAAAUGAGCCAAAGCUUGAUUUCUUUCAAGCCCUUAAUAUGUUUACAAGUAGUUUGAAGACUCUAAAUCAGAACUGUUCUACUCCCCUUUCGGUCAAAUCCUUAUGUUCAGAUUAUCUCAAAUGGUUAACGUCUGAUGCAGGAUUAGCAAUAACAACCGUGUGUUUUAAUGUUUUUUCAACUAAAAAACUACACAAGCAAGCGAUUACUUUCCAUAAUACUGUCGAG